AUGGAUGAGGAUAGCGAGUGGGAUGAUUUCGGCCACGACGACUCCAGUGAUGAUGACAGCAGUCACGGGAACGACUCAAAUGACUUGCAGAACCUUGAUCCUGACGAUUUCGGCACCUCUGAUGUCGGUUCAUGGCUCCAAGAGAACAGGCAUGCGUGGAAGACUGCCCCAGCGAUAGAAGACUGGACUCGAAUCCGGACUGCAUGUUCCACAAGUAAGAAGGCCUGGGACCUAAACAUGGCUAUUGAGGCUGCCUUUCGGGAGUUCAAAAUAGCUCUUUCCAGUGACAUGAGUGGCGAAUCCAACACGCCCUCGUCGCAGGGUGCAAUGGCACUGGCUAUGAAGCUACAAACUGAGGUUAACAACAUCAAUAUGAAUCUGCAAGCUGAAGUCGACAGUAUCAAGGAGUAG